AUGCACUUCGCAACUCUAUUUACCGGCCUGAGCCUGAUGACUACCGUUGUUUCAGCGGUGCCUCAUAGGCUCAAGGCCUCUCCCCGUUCAUCUGGCGCCCAGAACGUUGUUUACUGGGGUCAGAAUGGUGGUGGCACCGUUGAAAACAAUGAUUUGUCCACGUACUGCACAUCGACUGCUGGCAUCGAUGUCAUCGUGCUCGCCUUCCUAUACGAGUACGGCAACGGCGAUGAAAUUGCAUCUGGCAUCAUUGGAGAGUCUUGCUAUAUCUCUCCAGCCGGCGAACCCCAGCAGUGCGAUGCCCUAGCGGCUGCCAUCACCACAUGCCAGGCUAAUGGCAUCAAAGUUAUCAUCUCGCUCGGUGGAGCUGUCGGCGCAUACUCUUUGUCUUCACAGCAGGAGGCUGAGACUAUCGGCCAAAACCUCUGGGAUGCAUACAGCAAAACCGGGAAUGGUAGCGUUCCUCGACCUUUUGGCACCUCCUUCGUGAAUGGCUGGGAUUUCGACAUCGAGGCCUCUAGCGGUAACCAGUACUACCAGUAUAUGAUCAGCACUCUUCGCUCCAACUUCGCUUCUGAUCCUUCCAACACCUACUACAUCACGGGUGCGCCACAGUGUCCGAUCCCAGAGCCUAACAUGCAGGAAAUCAUUGUGAACUCCCAGUUUGAUUACCUCUGGGUCCAGUUUUACAACAAUCCCGGCUGCUCUGUUAACGGUCCGAUCAACUACGACGCAUGGGUCUCAAACGUCGCCGGAACGCCAUCUGCCAAUGCCAAAAUCUUCAUUGGUGUGCCUGCCGCCCCGGAUGCCGCCACAGGAACCGCUAGCGGCGCACAAUACUACCUCGAUCCAAGCGCCCUUGCUACCCUGGUCGGUAAUUACAGCUCCAAUCCCGCAUUUGGUGGAGUCAUGAUGUGGUCUGCCGGAUUCUCCGACUCCAAUGUCAAUAACGGAUGCACUUAUGCCCAGGAGGCUAAGCGUAUUCUCACUACUGGCUCGCCUUGCUAG